UACCUUAUUUGGCAGUGAAUAGUGCACGCUGCAGGACAGCAAAAGAGUCUUCGGGCGAGGGUUCAUCUUGUCUCUCAAUUAUUCACAACUGGUGGUUUUAGCUCUUGGCACUUGCUGUAGAAAACAUGGAGGAGGAAGAUAACACCGGACAGCAACACGACAUCAAUGAAAAGUUGCUUCUCGACCUUGCCUGGGAGCGCCAGCAGAAGAAGACUUUCACUGCCUGGUGCAACUCGCAUUUAAGGAAGGUUGGCAUUCAAAUCAAAGAGAUCGACCAAGACCUCAGAGAUGGCAUGGUUCUCCUUCGGCUCCUGGAGGUCAUCUCCGGCGAGAAGAUCACUCCACGAGAGAAGAAGGUCAAACUUCGUGUACACAAGAUCUCCCUCCUGAAUCAGGCCCUGGGGUUCAUUGCAGAAAAGGGAGUGAAGCUUGUUGGAAUCGGAGCCGAAGAAAUUUGCGAUGGUAACCUGAAGAUGACGCUCGGUAUGAUUUGGACCAUCAUCCUUCGCUUUGCUAUUCAAGAUAUCUCGGUUGAAGAGUUGUCAGCUAAAGAAGGUUUGCUUUUGUGGUGUCAGAGAAAGACACAGCCAUACAAGAAUGUCAAUGUUAAUAACUUCCACACCAGUUUCAAGGAUGGUCUUGCUUUCUGUGCUCUCAUCCAUCGUCACCGUCCUGACCUCAUUGACUAUGACAGCCUCAAAAAGAGCAAUGAUAUGUAUAACCUCAACCUUGCCUUCGAUGUGGCCGAAAAACACCUUGAUAUCCCAAAGAUGUUGGAUGCUGAAGAUAUACAUGCAUCAGCACGUCCAGAUGAGCGCUCCAUCAUGACUUACGUCUCAGCUUAUUAUCAUUGCUUUGCUCAGGGACAGAAGGCAGAGACAGCUGCCAAGAGGAUUGGUAAAGUCCUUAACAUCAACCAGGAGAAUGAGAAACUCAUGGAGCAGUAUGAGACCAUGGCCAGUGAUCUCCUAGCAUGGAUUGACUCUGUUAUGCCCUGGCUGGAGGAUCGCUCUCCUGAAACUACCCUUCAAGAUGCCCAGUCCCGUCUGGAGGAGUACCGACAGUACGCUUCAGUUACCAAACCACCAAAGAGUGAAGAGAAGGGAAAGCUUGAGACUCAUUUCCAUACGCUACAGACCAAAUUGAGAGUCAGCAACAGGCCUGCCUAUGUUCCUUCUGAGGGGAAACUAGUAUCUGAUAUCAAUGCUCGCUGGAAGCAGCUGGAAGAAGCAGAGAAGGACAGUGAGGAAUACAUAUUGAGUGAAUUGAGAAGAUUGAAGAGGCUUGAAGUCUUGGCUGAAAAGUUUAGCAGAAAGGCAACCAACAUGGAGAAGUGGACUUCAGGACGUGCUGAAGAACUCCAACGCAAUGAUGACCUGGAGGAGGCAAACCUAGCAGGAAUUCAAGCUUUGCAAAAGAUCCAUCAAACAUUUGAGACUGAUCUGCAGGCUGAGACAAGUCGAGUUGAAGGACUAGCAGCCAUUGCCAAUGAGCUAACUGAGCUCAAUUAUCAUGACUCUGAUUCUGUCAAUAAGCGUCUUGAGGAAAUACGUCAAUCAUUUGUUGAUCUUCAAAAGCUCUCAGAGGACAGGUCCACAAGAAUACAGACUGCUCUUGAGAAACAGCAACGUAUUGAUCAGUUGAGGCUCGAGUUUGCUAAGCGUGCUGCUGCUUUCAAUAAUUGGAUGGACAAUGCUUUUGAAGACCUUCAGGAGGUCCCCGUCUGUGACAAUGUUGCUGAUGCAGAAGCCUUGAUAGCUACCAAUGAGACAUGGAAGAACGGGCCACUGCAAGAGGCCAGUGCACAGUAUGACAGCUUGAACAGUCUUGUUCAAGACAUGGCUGAGCUUGGUAGCACUGAGAAUCCAUACACAACCCUGACUCCUGAGGAUGUCUAUAAUAAAUGGUGUUCUCUUUUGGAUGCUGUACCUAAUCAUGAUGUAGUCCUUGAGGAGGAGCUUCAGAAGCAAAACCAUAACGAAACACUCCGCCAGGACUUUGCAUCUAAAGCUAACACAGCUGGUGCUUACAUUGAUGCUAAGAACUCCGCCCUCUCUGAGCUCAACCUCCAGUCCCAGGGGACGCUAGAGGAGCAGCUGGCAUCCCUCAAGGCCUUCCAUGAAGAAGUCCAAAGCUUCCAGAGUAAUAUUGAUGCCUGCGAGGACUCCAAUCAACAAAUGCAGGCAGCCAUGGUCUUUGAUAAUCCUCACACUAGAUACACCAUUGAAGCUCUCCGUGCUGCAUGGCGCCAACUGAACACUAACAUCAGUCGCAGUAUCAAUGAGAUGGAGAACCAGAUACUCAUUAGGGACACUAUGGGUCUCACCGAAGACCAGUUGAGAGAGUUCCGUGCCUCCUUCAAUCACUACGAUAAGGACAACUCUGGUCAACUCGAUAAGAAUGAGUUCCGCUCUUGUCUCCUCUCCCUCGGUUAUGCCCUGGGGACUGACCCUACGAGUGAUCCUGAGCUUGAUCGUCUUUUUGCUCAGUGUGAUCCCAAUGGGACUGGCUACGUUACUUUUGAGUCCUUCCUUGACUUCAUGACUAAAGAGACCGUUGAUCAGGACACUGCCGAUCAAGUCAUGAACUCGUUUAAGAUUCUUGCUGGUGAUAAGCCAUAUAUUACUGAGACUCAGCUCAAGAUGGAGCUCCCCCCAGAGCAAGCUGAAUAUUGUAUUCAGCGUAUGAACCCUUACACUGGGCCUGGGGCAGUUGAAGGUGCUCUUGAUUAUCAGUCCUUUUCCACCGCUCUCUUUGGACAGAGCGAACUCUGAGGGGCCCACCUGUAGUUUUGCUUUAUUAUUGACUCAAUUUAAUGUUUAGCAUUUAAAUGUAGCUAAAUGCUGUAGUUAGGAACUCUUUUCCUUUAUGCCCUGUGUGUGCAUUCGCCUAUAAUUAUUACUGUUACCCGAUUUUAAGAGAGAGAGAAUUAAUUAUUAUUAUUAAAAGAAUUAUUAA